AAAAGGGUGAAAGGCACUCCGCUUCUGACGAAUGAAGAUUAUGAAACUAGAGGGAGGCAUGCAUCUCCAGCAGCAGCUUAGCGGUGGCAGUGGCUCAUCAGUCCACGGUAAUCUUCUUGAGGACAAAACCUUCCAAUCAUCCCAUCACCAGCAGCAACUACAGCAGAACAGCGUCAGCAUUGAGCUCUGUCUAGUGUGUGGCGAUCGUGCCUCCGGACGCCACUAUGGGGCGAUCAGCUGUGAGGGCUGUAAAGGCUUCUUCAAGCGUUCGAUCCGGAAGCAGCUCGGUUACCAGUGCCGCGGGUCAAUGAACUGUGAGGUUACGAAGCACCACCGGAACCGAUGUCAGUACUGUCGGCUGCAGAAAUGUCUCGCCUGUGGAAUGCGCAGUGAUUCCGUCCAGCAUGAGCGUAAACCGAUCAUCGACAAGAAGGAUGGUCAGAUGGGACCGAACCCGAACAGCAAGUACAAUCCGCAUCGCAACAAGGAGUAUCACCAUAGCAGCUCCGGUGGCAAGGGCGAGUCGAAAGGAGCGGCAAGUUCUGCUGCCGCUGCUGCUGCGGCUGCUGCAGCGUCCUCUUCCGUAUCGUCAGCUGCUGCGGCCGCUUCCUUCCUGAACUAUCUGCCCGGGUUUAGUUUGGCUGAUUUUACGGCGAACCUUAGCAAACGGACGUACGGCGAUAAAUCGAUCGGUCGUGAUGGUGGAGCUCAGUCGGAACGGACUGCCGGUUCUUCCAGUGCGGUUGGACAUCAGUUUUCUCCCAGUGGCGCAGGUUCUGUUGUUGGAACCGGACCGGGAAGCAGUGGGAUGCCUGGGAGUCCGUUUGGAAGCUUGCAAUCACUCAAGAUGGAAGUUCCCGAUCGACAACCGGGAUCGGAGCUGGGAAACGUGUCCACCAGUGCGGCUGAUUCAAUUGCAGCUCUGAUUGGGUUAAAUACAACGGCAGCUGUUGCAGCGGUAGCAAUGUCCAGUGCAACGUUAGGUGCGACGACUCCUAGUGCUGCGGCUGCAGCAGCUGCUGCAGCCUCUCUACUGGCUGGGGAUACAACCGGUGGAAAUGAUGUUGGUGGUAGCGGAACCGGAUUGCGUGGAAGUGCCUCUAAUGCAUCUCCCGGUGGAGCUCACUUUCCAUCGCUCGCGAUGGAUACCAGUGAUGGGAGCUCGAUGGAUAAAUCUUUGCUUUGCAGCUCGCUCGAGUUCAUCCAGAGCAUGGAGCAGGAGCUGAAUAGCAACCUCAACAACAACUUCGGUAUUAAGUCUGAGCUAAACAAUAGCAGUGACGAAGUGUGCAUUGAUUUCGAUUACGGUGGGAUUGGACGUGGUGAACCGGUCCUUACCGAGAACUGCGUACACUUUGACAUUCAGGUGCCAAACGUACUGCCGAACUAUCUGAGCGUGCAUUAUGUGUGUGAGACCGGUUCGCGGUUGCUAUUUGCUACGGUUAACUGGAUGAAGAAGAAUCAUAUCUUCCAGAUGCUUGGUGAUGGGUUUCAAGGUGAGCUGGUGCGUCAGGUGUGGCCGGAACUGUUUAUGAUUGGGCUGGCUCAGAGCAGUGGACAGCUUUCGUUCAACACGAUUAUGCUUGCGCUGAUUCAGUACAUGAAAACGGUCAUCCUGAACAAAAAGUACAGUGUCGAUGUCAUCAACUACCUAAAGAAGUACAUCCUGCUGAUACAGGAGUUUGUAAACGACCUGCAGAAGAUGAAUCUGACCGACCAUGAGUACGCGUAUCUGCGAUUGUUGUCCAUUUUUAAUCCAGAUAACGCGCUGCAAGACAAGGAAAAGAAUCAACACCUGGCAAAAUUGCAAGAGCUCGUACUGUCCGAAUUCCGGGACUAUUAUCGCGACCGUCACGCCCGCCUAGCAAGUAGCGAAAGUGAGGAAAAUCUUCGCGCCACCGAAGAGGAUGAAAAUGAUGAUGAUGACGUUGAUUAUUACGAGCGCCGUAGUCAGAACCGUCACCAUCACCGUCAUCAACACCAUCGUCAGCAACAGCGCACCGCCGGUGAUCUGACACCACAGGUUUGUGAACAACGGUUGAUGAAGCUGCUACUAAAGCUACCAACACUGCGCGCCCUUAAUUCCAAGUGCGAUCUGGAAGAUCUGUUCUUUAACAAUCUUAUCGGCCAGGUACAGAUCGAUAGUGUGCUGACGUACGUCAUGCAAACGAACGAUGGAGCGAUUUCGUUUUCGAAUCUGGUACAGAAGUAUGACCAGGUCGGUGGCAACAACAGCAACAGUAACAACGGUAUCCCAGCGGCAAUGGAUAGCGAUGAGUAGAAGUAGUAGUACU